AUCAAGAGCAAAGUUAAUGAAAACUCUACCAUGUUAAAGCAACUGUUAAAAAAAGAGAGUCCUGUUUCUUAUCCAGCACCCACCAGCACAAGCACACAACCUAAAACCAAAUGCAACCUAAAUCUACCUCUUAAAACCCUUGAAGAUGUGGAGAGGGCUGAACAAGAGCUCCGCAAUGGAGCAAUGCGCAAAAAAUAUAACUAAUGUAUAUAUGGAUCUACAGUCUAUGAGAGUGGAAGGGACAAUGGGUAAAGGAACCAUAAAGUUCAUCACUUGGAAUGUUAAUGGAUUAAAAGAACGAAGAUAUCAGAAAUUGACAGAACUGCAGGAUGCUGAUGUUGUUUUCCUACAAGAGACGCACAUUGGGGAAGGAGAUGAUCAAAUUGUCGAAUGCUUUACAAAUGAGUGGAAUUGUUUUUUUACAAAGCAUAACUCAUCUGAAAGAGGAACAGCAAUACUUGUUAGGAAGACAUUAGACUUUGAAUAUAUCAGUGUUGAAAAGGAUAGUUGUGGAGGUUAUGUUGUGUUGAAAUGUAGACUGCAAGAUCAGCAGUACACACUGGUUGACAUUUAUAACCACCAAACUGACACUAAAACCCUUGAUAAACUUUCAAGCUACCUGCAGUCGAUGACCAUAGGGUUGCUGGUGAUCGGUGGAGAUUUCAACACUGUUUUCAAUCCAUUUAUUGACAAGAAAUGCAAAACCAACAAGGUGUUAAAAAACCAAACACACAACAAACUGCUUCCCUUUGUGGAAAACUUUAUGAAGUCUCUUCAGCUGGUCGACAUCUGGAGAAGAAAAAACCCUGUGGAGCAGAAUUAUACAUUCUGUAGAGGCGACGCUUCUUCAAGACUGGACAACUUCUUUAUUAAAUCAAGACUGGAUUACUUCUUUAUUCCAGAAGAAUGUAUGUGGCGUGUCAAAAGUUGUGACAUCAGAGCACCUGAGAGACCGGACCAUCAGCCUUUGUAUUUUGAGAUCAACAAUGUUUUCAUUGACAGUUUAUAUAAAGAUCUCCAGAUAGCAUCACUCUCUCAACUGCUUAGUCAUGAAGAAAGCUCACAUGCACUCAGUGAGGUCGACAUCGUCUCCGCUGUAAAUUCUCUUCAAGUGUCAGAUACACCAAGACCAGAUGGCAUUCCAGUUUCCUCCUAUAAAGAGAAAAUUCAAAAUGUAAUUCCAUACAUAAAGGUGCUCUACAAUCGUAUCUUAAAUGGUACAUUUAACCUCUCUGAGACUCACUUUAAUAAAUCUGUGAGAAGUCCACAUGACAACAGUCAACACUUUUUCAACGUUGACUAUCUCAUCAUUGCAACGAUUCUAGCAAGACGUCUAGAGGACUUCCUCGAGUCUCAGUCAAGGGGACGGAUACCAAAAGACUCAAAUACAGUCCUGAUCACUCCCAAAACACUCACGGCACAAACAAUACUGUCUUGUCUCGAGGAAGAGUUGCACAAGAAUAUAGAAUCAAACCCAAACUUGUCUCAGUACUUCUUUGCUGCUGAAAGCCUUGUUAGAGAAGCACAUGACAAUGUGCCACGUCAAGGCUGCCCUUUGACUCCAGUACUCAUAACUUUAGCACUAAAAUGCUACGCCUCAAGGCUCUUAAAGGAUGUAGAAAAGCAUGCAUUGUAUGUUUUCAAACAAAGUGUGAUUGCUUGCAUUCUACCUGAGAACCUGGAUGAAGUACGUGCUACUGUGCAAAACAGUCCUGAUGGAGAAUAUGACAUUUUGAUAUUAACUAGAGAAAAUGGACUGGACCAGGACAGUGAGUUUGAGGUUGAGGAUUGGGAUAAAGCAGAAGAAAACCGCCCGAUAAGAGAAAACAUUGAUGAAGAGAGCCAAGUCUCGUGUUACCACCUUUGGUCACCACUUACAUGCAAAAUGUCAACCAUGUAUGCCGUUGUAACCUUCCUUGAUACAGAUGAAAUGAUGGUAACAGCAUCAAAUUGGUUGAACACUGACAAGACACAAUGUCACUGGCCUCCAUUCAAAUCAUCAGAGAAGUUACUGCAAGCUGUUAGAAACAGAAUUGAGCCUUCAACAGCCGGAAGACCGUGGGAGAUGUUAAAUAUUCGCUUUCAUGCAAAAUAUGACACUUAUGAUGAAGCUAAAAAGCAACAAAAGGAGCUUGAAAGAGCCCAGGCAGAUGGUAUUUAUGCCGUCAUUACCCUGAAAGAAUCAGAUGAGCUGACUGUGAUACCAACAAACUGGCUUAAUGAACAAAAGACACAAUGUUACUGGCCUCCAUUCAAGUCACCAAAGAUGUGCACAGAAGCCGUAAAGAACAGACUUGAACCUGCCAGAGUAGAAAACCCAUGGGAUAUGCUAAAUAUUGACUUUCAUGAAGUACACGCCACGUAUGAGAAGGCUAAAGAGAGAGAGGAAGCACUUAGAGGUCAAUCUGAACAACCCUCUACAUCUUUUCAACCUCUUGAAAACCAAAUCUCUCCAAUGUCACUGUCAUGGCCCAGUUUAUCAGGCUUUUCCACCAACACCACAGCCACGAGUUAUGGUAUUAAAAGAAAACGUGAUGAGUCAUCAGAUGACAGAGCUCCGUCACAGCUGAUCACAGAUUCAUGGAACACAGAUAUGGACAUAAAAAAGAAAGCAGAGCAGAUCAUUGAGAGAGUUAACAUGAAAAUUCAAGCCAUAAAGAGCACAGACCACACAAUGACUACAUUAAAAACCUACAUUUUGGAUGCCAUUUCAAAGAUAAAGAGGAUGGAUAAAAACAUAAGGAAGGAAACUAUAGGAAUAUUUGGAAGAACAGGAGAAGGAAAAAGCUCCUUAUUAAACGCAGUACUAGGUGUAAAUUUGUUACUGCCAGCUGGUGGUUUUGGUGCAUGUACCUCUGUUAUAACUCAGGUGGAAGCAAACCUGAAUGACUCAAACUACAUAGCUGAGAUUGAAUUCAUUUCUGAAGAGGAAUGGGAAAAUGAGGUUGCUUUAUCAGAUGAAAAUGAAGAUGGGGAAAAUCAAAUGACAGAAACUAUUAAAGAUAAAAUCACUGCGCUGUAUGGAGCCGAUGCAAAAGGAAAAACAUCAGAAGAGCUUAAGAGAGAUGACAAAUAUACUCAAAUUGAUCAGGUUUUGUCUAUUAGGAAGAAGACAAUCUCAAAUCAAAAUCUGUUAAAGUUUAGCCACGAGGUUGCUCAAUACAUAAAAAAUAAUGAAGCAAAACCUGGUGGUUGGUACUGGCCGCUUGUGAAGAGCGUGACAAUCAAGAUCCCAAACCGUCUUGAACUCUUGGAGCACAUUGUCCUUGUUGAUAUCCCUGGGACUGGAGACUCCAACAAGAUCAGAGAUGACCUCUGGAAAUCUAAACUAAAAGACUGCUCAUCUGUGUGGAUUGUAAGUAACAUCAAUCGAGCAGUUUCAGACAAAGACCCAUGGGAAAUAAUAGAGCACUGCAUUCAAGACUUACAAGGAGGAGGAGAGUGCAAGCGUAUAAACUUCAUCUGUACCAAAACUGAUGAUAUUAAUCCAGAUGAAUAUAAUGAAGAUGAUUGGGGUACCAGUGAACAAAUAAUUGGAUCAAAGAAGAAAAAAUGCCUAAUUUUAAGAAACAACUACGCAAAGGAGAAACUUCAUGGAAAAUUAACUGAAGCUAAAAACAAGGAUUCAAAAAAGAGAUUCAUCACUGAUGUUUUUACUGUAAGUUCUAAGGCAUUCCUUAAUGAAUCAGUUCUGGAAGCAACAGAAACAGAGAUCCCAAAGCUGCAGAAUGUCCUCAGGAAUCUUAACAAAAACAUCAACCAAAGACUGACUAGGGAUUAUGUCAAUGAAGCAAAAGGAGUUUUGUAUUUAAUCCAGCAGGAUGCAAAUAAAAAUAUGACAAGGACAAAAAUCCACAAUGAUCUGCAGAAGAACCUAGAGAAGGCUCUGAAGGACUUGGAUUGUAGUAUUGACUAUAAGAAGCUGGAACAAUGUCUCUCAAAGGGCGAAGAAGAAUCAGUGAGAUUAUGUGUUCAGACUACACGUGACAUGAUAUCAAAAGUUCGACCAAAAGAUAACAGAGGAUUCCAUAAAAUUUAUAAAGCUUUGUGUGUGAAAGGAGGAUGCUACUGGCCAAGAAACUUUGACAAACCUAUAGAUUUGAACAAAUGUUUGACAAAACACAUGUAUGACAACAUCGAUGAGGAGUUUAAUUUGAUUUUUCCAGUUGAGGACACGGACAAGACGAUCAAAUCAAUGCAAGCUCAGCUUGAUAAGUUCACCAUCAUCUAUGAUGUCUCCCAAAUACCACCAUGGCAACAACACAUCAUUAAAACACAGGAAAAUAAACUGAAGGCAUCACUAAGUAGAUAUAUUGUUGAGAAAAAGAAGGACAUCUACUCAUCAAUCUAUGCAACCAUUUCCAGCAAAAUGGCUCCUGGCUACAAAAAAGCUGCAGAGGUGAAAGGUAAAGGAGCCCUACAGAUGAUGGAGGACAUCAUAUCAGAAACAACCGAACAGUUAAAACAUCAAAUGUUUAAUGAGGCUAAAGUGAAAGUACUUCAUAUGUUCAAUGACUUGAAGCUGAAUAUAAAGAAAACCCUUGAAUCUGAGCUAAAGAGAUCACUGGAGCUCUCGCUUUCAGCCAAAAUCACCCUGUUGGAUGUCUCCAGAGAGAUUCAAGAGUUGGAUACACUGUCACAGCAUCUGUCUGUCUGAGGUUCUGCUUGUAAAAUGUUUGGAGCAAUCCGCACAGAAAUGACUGAACAGAUUUUUCUGGCACCUAGGAUUUUUUUUUUUGAAAUACUGUAAAGUUGACCGUGCCUGUGACGUUGUCUAUUUGGCUUAGUUAAUUACUGUAUAUCACAUUUUAUAGCGUUACUCUACAGAAUGUUCUUCUUGUCUUCAAUCUCACUUGAGCUUUUUGAUUCUCAUAUACAUUGUAUUUCUGUUAUUUCUGCUCUGCGGUGUCAUUUCUGCAUCUUUGGUGAUUGGCAUAUGUCAAUGCUUGCAUUUCUGUAAUCUCUUUUCUGCUGCCCCUUGAACUGUGUCAACUGACUGGUGCAUCUAGUAAGGCACAUGCUAAGAGAUUCUGAGUUCUUGGCUACAAAUUCCGCCUGAGGCAAGUGUUUAUUUCUUCUAUUAAAGUUUUGUUCUUUCUCACCUAUUCUUCUCAACCUGUCUGUAGUUCACAUAUGUUCUAUUUUUGUCAUGUUUUCGGUUGCUUCUCUGCACUGCAGUGGAUCUGCUUUGUGAUUGCUAUGCCUUGGGUUCUUUGUGUUCUUGAUGCACCUUGGUUGCUCAAGGCGCGCUGGGUGAUUGAUACAUUGUAUGUUUCUUGCUGUGCUUUGGGUGCUCAUUGAGCUGAAGGUGCUUGGCCCCGUAUCGCUGCUUGCAGCUAUAUUUUUAACUAUUUCUGAUUAUUGUUUUGCAUGUUUCAGUUUUUUUCUUUUGUGUUUAUUUAAUUGAUAGGCUGUUAACUUAAAGGUAUAGAAUAGUGGAAGUUUAUUAUAUGUCCAUAUUAAAAAUUCUGCUUUCCAUUUUAGCUAUUCCUAAACAUAGCAAUAAUACGGUUUGUUAUAUACAGUAGUUUGUUAUUCAGCUUUAUUAGUGAAAACCAUGUGUACAGUGUGCAACACUGAUUUUUAGGAUUUCUUGCUUCCCUUUGAGUUGCAGAAUAAAGGCAUACAUUCAUGAUAAAUGCAUAUGAAUGUACAGUUUGUCUGUUGUUUUACAAUAUACUUUUAAAAGCUAUAAUUUUGCAAAUUAUCCGUCAAAUUAUUUUCCGUCGUUUCAUGUUUUAAUGAUAUAAUUGUUUUGUUCACAUUUUCAUUUCUAAUCAUGAACUUACAAGACGAGCGUUCAAGUUCAAAUGUUUUUAUGAACAAAUCAAAUCAUCAACAAACACGUAAAAAUCUGAAUUGAACUAAACUCAUGAAACUGUGUAUCUGAAACCAUUUUGUGUAAUAAACACAUGAAGGCAGAUUAAUGCAGACUAUUGUCAUAUGAAUGUGAUACUUGAAUGGUAGCCAGUGCAGUGUUACUAUUUGGGCUUUUGUGAUUGUACUUUGUACUAUCUUGUAAGCACUCUUGCAGCUGCGUUUGGAACCAGCUGAACCAGUUUACUAAAGCUUAUUUAUAUUUUUGGGUGUACACAGCUAAACCAUCUGACCGACAGUGGCGUUCCAAAACAAAAGUUUUACAGUAUAGCCCUCAUUACAGCAUUUGUUUUAUUUUGAUUUUAACCCAUAUUUCAUUUAGUUCCUUCAGAGUAUGAAGAUUGCACCACAAUCAUACUAUUUUAUUAUGUUAAAUAGAUGGAUUAGAUAAUAUCUACUUGCUCACAUUUCUAUUUUACAAAAUAAACAAGAAAUGUCAUCAGAAACAUGACAUGGCAGGCAUCAGAUGUUUUACUGCUCUCAUGCAAAAUGUGAGUUCAGGAAAAAACACAGAUUACAAACAUUUUAGUAGUUUUUGUUGGGUAUAUUACUGAUCAUAUACUGUAUUAGUAUUACACUGGAUUAUUGUCUCUAUAUAAGAUCAUGAUGACACUCAGUAACUUUCGUUUUCUCAGUAAAUUUUUGGUUUCUUAGUUGACUUUCAUUUCCUCAGUUAACUUUCGUUUCGUAAUAAAAAGGGCCCAGCAGCUGCAAUCUUGUCACUAUGCCACCAUUGUUUUCACCACAAUUAUUGAGGAAAACAAGCAGACCAACAAACACUGCUUGUUGUUAAGACCAACAAGCAGAGUACAUCAUUUUAGAUUAGGGGUCCAGCUGUACUUUGCUUUAAUAAUAAAAAGUCAAAUGUGUCAGACCAGUACCAAUGUGAAGAGUGUACGUCAUCUCAAAUAAAAAGUUUUUGAUCUAACUGUAUAAAAAUGUCAGAUGUUGGGAGGGCAA